CGAAUCAGGACCUCUUGUCUUUCGCUGGCUAGCAGCUUGCCAGCUGAGCCUGGGAAGAGUGGGGUAUGAAAGGUUGCAGCGCAGCAUUCAAGGUCGGUUGGGUGGAUGCAUCUGGAAAAACGCGGAUGGAAACAUUGAAUUCACUCAACAACGCAGCUGCGAGAAAAUAAAAGCUCCCCGCAAAUAUUUAUUUCGAAGUACUUUACCCUCCAGCUGCCAAGGCAUAGACAGCUAGCGUUAACCUUUUACUGCGUCCUGGAAAGUAACCCUUAGACUUCCCUUCGGCCGUCUACUCUGUAAUAAAUAACACUACGUCCAAGCAAAAUGAUCUAGCCGAGAUGGAGAUUGUGUCUGUGGCCACUAGACUUAGGUCCCAGAUUCCUUCCUUUCCUUUUUCGCACCGAGCCGACUACGGCGGCCGGAACCGACGGCCGACAUGGCAAGGGAGUCAAUUGAAGAAGAAAGGUCUGUCGGUACGGACUACGGACUACGAUGAACACGCCUUGCACGCAAACCCCCACUUGCACUACGGUACACCAACAUUUUCUCCUACCGUAGAUCGGCCGGGGGAGGGUCACGACUACCGGUAG